AUGAUGAAUUCGGAAAUGGAUUCGGAAAACGUUUACGACGUUCAGAAGUUUGACAUCACGUACGAACGCGCCGACGGCGUGUAUUACGCCGAGGACGACGUGAACGGCAACAUUUGUAUCGUACUGUCCAGCCCGUUGCGAGUGCAGGAGUUGCGGCUGACGUUCAAGGGUAGAGCGAAAUGGGACUGUCCAAGCGAAGCUGUGCUGCAGUUGAACAGCGUGCACAACCGAUCGCACGACGCCACUUCCGAGGUGGUGUUCUACGACAAGGAGGUGGUGCUCGUCGAUCGUCUUCCUGGCAAAGACCUGACCGGCGCGUUCGUGCUGUCACCCGGAUCGCAUAUCUUGCCUUUCACUUUUCCUCUUCCGAAGCAUGUUGAGACGUCUUUCGAGGACAAAAACGGUACGUGCUUCCUGCUUGCAUCCCAACUGCUGCCGUGCAGCAUUCGUUCAUGUGACACCGGUUUCUGUGUUCUAGGAUCUAUAAGAUACUUUUGUCAGGCCGUGCUCUCCCGGCCGUGGAACCACGAUUUUGUCACCGAGCGGCCUUUUACCGUGCUUAAGAAAGAAUCGACACUCGAUUCGAAUUGUUUGGACUUGCUGAAGCCGGUGUCGCGCAACGACAGCGAAAAAGUGACCACGUGCUGCAACUCUGGCGUCAUUAGCUGCGAGACGAGCUUGCCGAAGCAGCUGUUCUUCCCUGGGGAGACGGUGUUCGGUUCGAUGAAGGUGUCCAGCGACAGUCGUUGUAAACUGACGAAACUGGUUACACGCCUUGAGCAGAAAAUAUCCUAUCCGCCACGUGCGUCAGGCAAAAACGCUGCAACGUCGAAUCGCGUUGUGCUCGAAAACGACCUCGCCAAGCAGUUAGGAAGCCACAGCAAAAUGGACUGGCUGAACGAGAAACUGCUCGUGAUUCCGUCCUUGCCGCCAUCCGUCAAGUCGCUGACGAUCGCGUCAAUCGAGUACGAAGUGCAGAUGGAGUUCUCCUUCGCCGGCUCGACCGACCAGGUACUGUACCUGCAAAUUCCGAUCGUCGUCGGCUCCGUGUUCUGCGUACCGCCGUUGAUCGAGCUUCUGAGCAGUUCUGACGGCAAGAAGUCGCUGUUGUCGCUCGUGCCGCACGCCGGCUCGUACCGUUUGGAAGACUGCGUGUUCGGCAAAACAGUGUUUGAAAUGAAAAACAAUCCUUCAUCGUUUAACCUGGUGGAGUUUGUUCCACGUUAUCCAGUUAUAGAGAUCUGA